GCCUGCGCAGAAGACGCUCCCGCGACGAUCAGCUGUUGGACGAAAACAUUGGUCCGCGCGAGAGGCGAAACCCGAGGCGGAAAGUCACGCAGGACCAGCUUCCAGGAUGGGCGGGAGCACCUCGAAGUUCAAGAGGUGGAUGGGAAGCCGAGAGGAAGACGUCGGCGGAUGCGAGAAGGCGGUGAAGAGACUCGCGACGCCCUUCGUCUACACGAGAAGAGGUUCAGCGGAAGACAGCGGAGCAGGUGAGAGAUCUGUCAAGAGGCUCGCCACUCCUUAUGUAUAUACCAGGAAAGGCUCCAUGUACUUUGAUGAGGAUGGAGACGUGGCUCAUGAGUUUUAUGAAGAAGUUCCUCCUCUAAGGCGUGGGGUGAAGGCAACAAUGCGGAGAAUACUCACCAAUUUAACUCCACAGGGUGAUGUUCGGCUACCGUUCCCAUGCCUGCACGUAGACUUUCCCAUCGUCCUUUACCAAGACAGCUGAGAAGAGGAGGGGGAAGGGAGCUUUAUGAACUGGGCGUGCCAUUUACCAGACUUCGAAGCCAUGGUCGAGGAGCUUUCCAAGUGUUGAAAUUCUCUGAAAAGAAGGAGAGAAAUUCUUCAUGAAUGUUCAGUGGGAAAUUCAACAUGAUAAGGGAAUGGUCUUCCCCUCCCCCUCUCAACCUCCUUUUUACCCUUACUCAGAAAAGGAAAAAAGAGAACAGUUAGAAUGAUGGAAGAUUCCUGACACCCUUCCUUCAAAGAGAGGUUGUGGUGCCCCUUAUCUAGUCUUAAGCAAUGUGAGCAGCAUUAUGGGAGUCUCAAAUUUAUUCCCAUCCAGUUGUUUCAGACCUUUAUUGUUGUGUGUAUAAUAGUUCUGUCAUAAAUCAUCCAUAACUUUUUUUCAGUCUUUUUUUUUUUUUUUUUUUUUCUUUCUUUUUUUUCUUAACGCGUGUGGAGUACCUGACCGCUCCCAAGAGUUAUAGGUAUUUGUAUGUACAGUGCGGCUGAUUUUGCCCUUUCCUUAAUAUAUAUGCCGGGUUGUGAUACUGUGUGGUCCUGUUGAAGUGUGUUUCAUUUGAAGACAGAAGCAGAGAUGCCCUCAUUUGACACAAAAAGGUGAACUAAAUCAAUUUUUUUAAGAAAGGAAAGAGCAAGUAAAUUUUUUGAAUAAUUAGUAAUUGCAGUUGUUAUUACAAGACCACAAGUGUAGUGGGAUCACACAAUAUUAGGUCACAAAGACUUCAAAACAAUUUUUUGGCCUUAUCUUGGUCAGAAUAGGCACAUCAGGAAAAUUACAUCUGAUCUUGGAAAAGUUACCUCUUCUUAUACAUAAAGUGAUUUUAUUGUUAGCUGUACUAUGAGAAGUGGGAAGCACAGAAAUGAAACAUGUAGAUGAAGAAAAAAAAGAAUUAAGAGGACAGACAUUGAAUACUCAAAUGGAAGGUGGCAGUACAACACACAAUAUUCCCUAAGGGUCUCUACAAAGAUCUCUGUACAUGCAUGUGGACAAUCGAGUGAACAUGCAUUCUCAAGUUUGAGUACAGUUUCGUUCCCUCAAUAUUUUACUUUUAUUGGAUAACCUUUUUAAAGCACCAAGUUUUAUUUGGUGUUGAUGCUUACAAGUGUUGUGUUUUCACGUAACCCAUAAUGUCUGUAUGUAUGUGUCUUACUCUGUAAUGGAAGAGGAAUGCAGAAGCCACAAAGCUGGAUGAAUCCUUGAAUCCUUCAUUUAAAUAGAAUAUAUAUGUACUCUUCCAGUGUUGUGUGUAUGGAAAUGUGUAAAUAUAUAUAUAUAGAUAUGAUGUGUGUAUAAUAAACAUAUGCAUAUAAUUAAUGAAAAACACAUUUCCGUGUUAAUAUAGUAAUGAAAAACUCAGAUAGUAAAUGCAUACCUUUUGAUAAAUCAGUGUAUUUACUGUGUGGGUUUUUGAUGGAUGCCUAUUUAUUUAUGAACUUUGCUUGUAUUAUGUGGUAUGAAUAGUAGUUGAAACUUCCAUAUGCAUCAUCUAGUAAGCUGCUGCACUAUUGAUUUCAAUAGCAAGCCUUGGUGCAACUUGCAAACUUCUCUGCUCGCAAGGAGGAGUGAUCUUGGUGUUCGUUUCUCUCCCUUUCAUUACAGCUCUCUGUGCCACAGCAGCUAUUUGCAUCACAUUCCAAAAUAAUCAGCAGUAGAAAAAAAAUAAUAAUAAUAAAUUGUUAUCUCUAAAGGUCUGCUGAAUACUCCAAAGAGAUGUUGAAAAUAGUGUGAAUAUUGUAAAAAUGUAAAAUUAUUGUUUGAGGUAGGGCUGCAAAACAAAAGUGAAGCUGUUUAUUUGGGUAGCUUGGAGAAUUUCAAGGCAGGUUUUGUUUUCUGUACAUUACGCAAGAUCCUUCUCAUCAGCUGUAUAUUUGAACAAGUACCCAUCACUAAAAUACAAAGUAUAGGAGUGAAUUUUAUGAUUUGGUUCAAGAUAGGGAAUGAAUUACCGGAGCAAGAUAUGAAAGUAAUAUGAUUUUCUUUCUUUUUACAAUACUGUUCUUACCAGCAUACUAAGUGUCAUGUAUGUGACCAUGACUUAAUCUGUAUUUUGGAUGACCCAAUGGAAAAUGUCACGUUUCCUUUUCAUUUCUGUCAAGAGUAACUGGUGCAAUAUGAAGAGUAAAAAAAAAAAAAAAAAAAAAAAAAAAAAAAAAAAAAAAAAAAACAGAGGAACUUGGUUGUGCAAAUAUUAUUUUAUUCCUCCAUGACAGCCAAUGAGGUCUACAUCUUAUUCCUAAUAGUUUGUUUCAGGUAGUUACAUUGUUAUUGUUCUUAUUAUAUUGUUAUUAUUAUUAAUGUCGUUAUUAUUAUUAUUGUUAUUAUUAUUAUUAUUAUUAUUAUUAUUAUUAUUAUAAUUAUAAUUAUCAUUAUUUUCAUUAUCAUUAUUAUUUAUAUUGUCACUUGUUAUUUCUACCGUUGUUGUUGGUAUGGCUUCUUUCCCCUAAAGUUUAUUGGGUUAAGCGAAAAGAGUGUUGAGGUUCCUGCAACUCAACUGAUGUGAAUUUUAAGGGCUUUUCUAAACAAAAAAAUUAUAUAAUCAUUAUCUGAAUGUAAGUGACUGCUAGACAAUGUAAUAUCUUUUUGCCUAGUAUUCUGGUAAGAUAAAAGUGUGAGAGCUCAGGAAUAACUUGAGUUAUUUUAAAAAGAUUGGGGGGGAAAAAUGUAAUCUACCAUGGCUUUUAACUGUUACAGGAAUCUCAACUUUUUUUUUUUUUUUUCCCUUAGCCUUGUUAUCCCUUGAGAGACAUGGUUUUCUUUUGUCCUUGCAGUUUGUCUUGCCUGGAAUUGAUUGAUUUCUUUUGUAUGUUACUUUUUAAAGAUCAUUAUAUUGUA